UAAAGGAAUCGAUGGGAAAUUACAUUUCUAUUCUAGUUUUUUUUUUUUUUUUAGCAAUAAUUGGUCUGUAGGUUUAUCUAUAUCUGGGAUAUAAACAGAGCAGAACCACUCAAACGGAAUCUUGAAGAAGAUGCUUUUAUUUUGAAAGGCUCCUAAGCAGGAAAAUCAUAUGAAGGCGUGUCUACCUUGACACAAGUGAGAGCUACAGCUGGUUAAUCAGAAAGGUGUUCACCACCUGAGCGCGCAUAGAUGGUUCCAACCAGCGCAGUCUGACAGAUAAUCUGGAUUAUUUCCACUAAAGUGAAUUUAGUUCCGUAAUCUGGUCCGAGAUGAAGGGAGAGGCGGCUGAGGGAGACGUGGAUGGAAGUGCAGACGUGGAAUCCACAGAGAGGAGACCUAGUGCCGUGAAACUGCAGAACAUGCUGCUGAAGGCUUCCUACAACCCCUUCCAGAGCAACAGCUUUCUGGACUCAGAAUCAUCAGACAUUGGGGGUCCGUUUGCAAACCAGAAUGAAGAGCAGGAGGAUCUCUGGCCUCAGAACAGAGUCUCUGCUCGAAGCAAUCCUUUCUACGCAUACUACCUGGAAUCGAGAAGUCAAAAUCCUCUGGAGGACAAGAACAAGAGGAUAAUGUCAGAUGGCAAGAACCCUGACAAAAAUCUUUUCCUUCGCUCUCCUCUGGACCUUCCGUCUGAACUUAAGACUCCAAACGGAGUGCCGCUUCCAGAACCUUUCAGCAGCUCUCAAGCUUUCAAUCAGGAAGACCACACUUCCCCGUUAAGUUCUUUGGGGAACGGCACAAGCGCCACAGAUGGUUUUGUUGAUGGGCUUUUGAAAUCAUCAGACCAUUCGAGCUCAAAUUCAGCUCAGGCACAGAACUUGUCCAAUUCCUGGGACGCAGAAAGCUCAGACGUGGUCAGAAAUACACAUUAUGGUGCUUUUAAAGAAAAUGAUUUUAUCCAAACAGAACAACACUAUCAGGACAGCCUGUUUGAACCUCCCAAAGCCUUUGAGGAUCCUUUUGAAUCUCCUUCGAACACAGGAUAUGAUCUGUUCCAGUCUCCUCAAGCAGCACCAGUAAACCCAUUUUACACCUCAGAUGCUCAAAAAGACAAUGGAUUUGAAGCAGAUCCAAAUGAGGAUCUCUUUAAGACUAAGGAGGUUCAGAGUAAAGAGAAGCAGUUGUUGAGGUCGACUUUGAAAGAAAAUGUAGACAUGUUUCCAUCUACAUCCACAAAUCCAGACGAUAUGUUUCCAAGUCCGCUUUCAAGAAACUUGUUCCAAGACUUUAGCUCAGAUGAGCCACUCAACCACACACCUUCCAAACCACAGAGUCUUCAGAGGGAUGCACUGGAUGACAUCUUUCUUCCAUACCCAUCUGAAGAUAAGGAGAACAGGAACACAUUUGCCACUGCCUCAUCUGAAGGCCCUUCACCUUUAACCCACAGUAUAACAAGGGUACCACCACCUCUGCCUAAGAAAGUACCUCCCCCACUUCUGCCAAAACCUCUCCAGAGGCCAAACAAGCUUGUCUUAACAACUCCUCAGGGGACCAAACUUGAUGUUCUCAAGUCAACUCCCCUGCUUCAGCCCAGGAGUCUGUCACCCAGCCCCUCAUCAGCAGAAAUGACUCAUGUGUCGACUGUCAAACGUCCACCCAAACCGCUCCCUCGGUCCAAACCUCCCAUGCCAGAAAAACCACCACGACCAGACAAACCCCCAUCGCCGGUGACCUCUGUCAAUUCAGAACCAGAGCCACCAACGCAGCUUCUUAGGAGGGCUUUCAAGUCCGUUCGAAAACCAAGCUUUUCUCGCAGAGCUCAAACUCCGGAGACAAAACCAGUGGAUCCUAAGGACUACGUGGUGUUUGAUGACAUCCUGUUGAUUGGCGAAGAAAAGUGUGUGGAAGACUGGCCUGAGGACUCUCCGGAGCUUGAUCCUGAUUGGAAACCGGGGAAAAUGUUGGACGCCAGCUCUGGUGAAGAUGAAGAAGGCAGCGUCCAGCACGGGGAGAAAAGAAAAAAGCUGAAAAUCAAGUUUAUACCACAGAGAGGAUUCGCCAUCUCGCUGGAAAAGCUGAGCAACGAACCCAAAGGAGCUGCAGGAUCCACGCCUCGCAAAGACUCUAAGACUCAGAUUGAAGACUUACGACACUCGAAUAACAACACGCCUGACGGGAUGGGGCAGGCGGCUGCCAUGGACCAUGACGACCCAGAGAGACCAGGACGAGAUUCUCCUGGACCUGAUGCUUCCCACAGACCUAAGAAAGCAGCAGUGCUUAAGCACUCCCUAAAGAGCCGGCGGAGUUCAAAGGUGAACGCAGAGGACUCGGCGGAGGACCUGGAGGAUGGGGUAGUGGACAGACGAGAAGGAUCUAAAACGAAACAUUUCAAAGGGAAGCGUAAAAGCAAGACGACCAACACGCUGAGUGAAUCCAGCGAGUGCAGCUCUCAGAGGUCUGAGACGGCCUCAGCGGAGGGGUUUGCCGAGGAAGACCAACAUGAUGAAGAAGACGACGGCGAUGACGACCUCUACAAACCGAAAAAGUCAUCAAAGAUGAAAGGUUUUAAGAAAGGGAAGCGAAAGAGUAAGUCCAAGCAUCAGGAGGGUAAGGAUCCAGCAGGAGCUGCAGGAAACGAGCACCUGUCUGAGGCUGCUAAGGCCGAGUGGCUAGCUGCUCAGAAGGAUGAGCGCACCGUUGCUGGCGAGGAUGAAGACGAGGACGAGGAUGGGGACACGGACAGCUUGAUGGAGUGGUGGUACACCGUGGAGAAAUGGGAUGAGGUGCUCUCAGAUGAAGAAGAUGCAGCCGUCAUGAAGGACGAGUCGAAGUCCUUCACCAUUCUGGCGGACAAGGUUGACCGCGGCCUCCGCGUCUUCAACAAAAUGUUCACGGAGCGAGCCGAGGUGCUCUGGCAGUCCGUCAUCAUGCUCCACACGCUGGCCGACGACAUCAGCGAGUUUCACCACAAAGCUAAGAUUGCUGGCAUCACUGGGGGCACCACCACCGCCGUGGGGGGUAUAGCGGCCAUCACGGGCUUGGUUUUGGUGCCCUUUACCUUGGGGGCCAGUCUGGUGAUCACCGCUGUGGGAGCGGGAGUGGCUGCGGCCGGAGGCAUCACCUCGGCGUCUGCAGCCAUCUCUGACAACGUUAACAACAAUAACGAGCGCAAGAAGAUGGAGGUUCUGCUGAAGGAGUACGAGGACCAGCUGGAGGACAUCGCCAACAUCCUCCAUUUUGUCAAUCAGGGCUUGUACAGACUGCGCGGCCACCCCUUCCUCAGGUCGGGGACGCAGCAUUACUCGCAGGACUGGGAGAUCCGCAGGGCCGUGCAGAUGAUCAGCAUGGUGGACUCUCCGGUGAUGAAGGCCACAGAAGUGGCAGACAAGGCGGUCUCCUCGCUGCAGGGCCUCUUCAAGGGCAUGGACGAGUACUUCGUCAAGGAGUCCCGGGAGCUGAAGAAAGGCUGCCGGAAGGAGGUGGUGGGCCGCAUCCGGGAGGUGGCCGGCGUGCUGAACGACAGCCUGGUGGACCUGAACGCCAUCAGGGAGGAGCUGCAGGAAGCUACUGGAUUCAUAUAAGCAGCAGUGCCCCCUGUUGGCCAUAUUAUUCUUAUUAUUUUUUUAUAAAGGUUUUUCCAAGACGGAUUUUUAUCAUCCUAUGCUGUAAAUAAUUGUCAAGAUUCAGCUUCUGACUGUGAACAAGUCUGCUUAUCAUUCUGCUCCUUUUUGCUUUGCUUCAGCACUGGAGUUUAUGAAUUGCUUUCAGGGAAAUCACUCGGGUGGAGUUGUUUGCAUAAAAAUUCCAACUUUGAUUAUCUAUGAAUAUUUAUAGACUUAUAUUUUUACCAGAAUAGAUUGCACGUGAGGUAUGAGUUAUGCAGGCACCGUUCAAAAGGUGAAAAAUGUUUUUCUGAAGUUAGUUGUUUGAAUUUUCAGCACCUGUUUGAGUAAAAAUGAUUCAUAAUUUAUUUUGUGUUGACUAGCUACAUUUAAUAUUUCUAUAUUUCAGCACAGAGAGGACUGUCUGUUUGGUUCCAUUUCUGUAACACCUGUUUGCUUCAGUGAUGCUUUCAUGUCUCAAACUGAAGUCCCUGUUGAUAGAAAUGUCACCCAGUUGUGCGGUUUUCCUGUAAAUACUCAACAUACAUGUGCUGAGAAGUGUUUGUUGAACAGGUGCUGUUUUUAUUUUAAGGAUUUGUAUUUGAUGUUUUAAAGUUGUCCUAAAGUGAAUAAAGGAGUCUGUCAAGAUUUUGAAAACUGUGAAUAAACAGAUGUGACCUAA